ACAGUUAUAGUCAGUCCGGAUCGGGCGCUCGGUUAGCCGAGACUACUUAUUCCGUGCUAAGCGUAGCUCCAACAACCGAUCCCGAUUUGUCGAGCCGGUAUUAAACGCGACGUCGCCACUUACACGCGACCGUAUCGAGAAGAGAAUUCGAGAGUGAAGUGUGUCCGUCCACCCUUGGAGCUUUUAUUCUCCCUUAAGGGCAUCGUUUCCCCAGGAUAAGUUUGCUCUUUCGGCCUCGGUUCUACCCUGUGGCCCCGAGUUUUUCGUGUUCCCGAAUCACGCUGGCCCUCACCACCUGCGCAAAACCUGUGGAAUCUCGACGAAAUCGAAUCGAGCACAAUUAACGAUAGCGCCUUCCUGUUGGCGAUCGAAGGCAAUUUCAUCGGAUGCCCGAGGGAAUUCCCGAAUGGAACGCGAUCACCGCUAUGGAUCAAUCGAGUUUAUAGUUGAAAGUAACGGCGAGGCAGAAUUUAAGUGAACCAGAUGAAGCUUGUGUAAAUUGAACCGAGAAGAAAAGUGUCGUGUAUUAAGAAGAAGAAGAAGAAAAAGAAAUAAACGUAAAAUAGAAGAAACGAAAGGAGGAAUAAUAAACAGUGCCUGUUGGAAAAAAGUGUGAAUUGUUCGCGCUUAAUUAGAAGAAAGAAAGGGAAUAUUUUUCUAGAACCCCGUCGACUUUCUUAAGGAAUUUUCAGUGUCCUAGCAACGAAUCCGCUUCUUCCAUGAACACAGACCGGAGAUAAUCGCACGUACCUCACCCAGGACCGCCGACUUCCAAGGGGGUCCACAGCGUAACUUUCCUCAGGAUAAUGCGAAGUCUGGAGAGGUUAUCAGGUAGCGAUCAAGACUGCGAUCAGGAGAUGUACAUCGACCUGGACGACGCUUCCGUCGACUCGCUUACCGGAAAACGCAGUCGGCACCAUGUCGUUAGUGCGGAGGUGGGUGAGGAGAGCGAUAGUAGCGGUAGCGAGAGGAGUCCGAAACAAGCAAAGAGAAGAAAUCGUGGUGGACCACCGACCACCAGGAGACGAAAAAGUGGAAUUUCCGCGCGAGAAAGGAACCUAAGGAGGCUUGAGAGCAACGAGAGGGAAAGAAUGAGGAUGCAUUCCCUAAAUGACGCUUUCGAGCAACUGCGCGAGGUGAUACCACACGUAAAAAUGGAAAGGAAGCUCAGCAAAAUAGAGACGCUAACGUUGGCCAAAAAUUAUAUAAUGGCCCUAACGAACGUGAUAUGCGAAAUGCGCGGUGAAGAGCAGCCAUACACAUUCGUCGAUGGCGAAUGCGGUUCUAGCAGCGGCGAUAGCACAGGCCAAUUAGAAUUAAGCGGUGGUGAGCAACCGGAAGAAGCAUCCCCUGCAUCGAUGCACGAAACCAACAACAAUAGCCUGCUCCACGAAGAUCUAGAGCGCAGGAUACCGUAGCUCGCUCGGUUACGUGUUAAAUUAAUCGAUCCUCGUUGGCGGAUUCAAUGAAAUCGUUCGAUAAAGUGUAUUCGUGAAAAUCGUCUUCUCUGAACUAAUCGCGAAGUAGAGAAACAAACACGAAUGAACCUCGUGGGGAAAAGAAAAAACUGAGAAAGAGAAGAAAAGAAGAAAAUAAGAGAAGAUAUUAAAAUUUUAUCGAAUCGGUUGAAAGAAUGAGAGGGAGAGAGGGAGGGGGAGAGAGAGAGAACGCGCGCGAAGGGGGAGAAAAAGAGAGCGAAGGAGGGAGAGGGAGAGAGAGAAAACUAAUAGAGAAUCGUUAAAACCGUGAUCGCAAAAGUAGUCGUUAAACAGCGGUUCGAGAUUUAUCGAAGAAGAUGCAAUUCGGCUUUUACGAAAUGAUCCGUCCAAGGUCGACCUCUGGAGAUCUUUCGAAGGCCAACGAGGCGUGAGGUUGACAGAGAAAGAAAAAAAGACUGACUUCACGGCUAGUCAGGCUGGAAGAUUCUCUUCUCUUCUUUUUCUCUCGUGUAUUCUUUUUUUUUUCCUUUUUUUUUUCUUUUUUUAUCUUUUCUGGUGACAUCGGUACGUUACCUUGAAACACCUCGAUCUUUCGGUUCGAAACAAUACCAAUACUAAAUAAUCGAUACCGUAUUCGUAUCGAUCGUUAAUCGCCGUGAAUUUACAGCUCCUGAGAUGUCUGAUUAAUUACCGAUCUAUUAAUCACGUGCCAAAUAUAUUCGAACAGCCGAAAUACAUGUUACAGUAGACAUCGAAUUGAAACUUAUUUAAAACAAGAUGGCCGGAGCUUAUCGUUCCGUCCCCGGUUAUUCGUAGGUAACCGCAACGAAUGUAGAAGCGUAAUUGUAUUCGUGCAAUUGAUUCGAAAGGAAGUUUAGAAAUUUCACGAGACACUUUCACGAAACGUUCACGCUUUGAUUGCUUUCGAUCUGAAGGAUCUCGAGGUCGACGCCGAAAGAUCGGAUCGCAUCGACGACGGUAAUGAUCAGUGCGACGCGAAAGUGUGAGAAACUGUGAUAGAAUUUCGUAUUAGAACCUCGUUCCACAUCGUCCUGCGCGCGACACCCUACUACAUAAAUACUUUUGAUUUGUUUUCUUUCUGGUUAUUGUCCACGGUCUGCGAGUUGGAUAGCCGAAAAAAAUCGUCGAACACGUUCACCGACGAAAGUGACCGUCGAACGAGACCCUUGGCCAACAAUAAAGAAAAGAAACUGUAAAAGGAAAUGUGGAAGUGAUCGCGAAAAUGAAUAUUCGGUUCGUUCUAUGCGAUUCAAGUAUCAAACGGAGAGUAGAGAAUAAAUUGAAACCCUCGCUAUUUUAACCCCACGCAA